UUCUCCAGUCCCCUCCCUCCUUCUCUCUCAGACUCAAAUCUCAGCCGCAAGAGCCCUGCCCCACCCCCGCUGGGCCGAGCCCAAAACUCUGCGGCUCGGAGGAGAAAAAGGAGGAAGGAGGAGAGAGGGAAAGAAGGGGAGAGAGCCGGCCCGGCCCCGCGCUGCCCUCCCUGCAAACGCGAUUAAGAGGAGCUCAAGCGCUGAGGAGAGUUGCUAAUUCGGGCUGGCCUCGCCCUCCGCCUUCCUGAGCAGGAAUCCGCCUCAGAGGAGCCUCCGUCGCCGCGGAAGCCGGGCCUCAGGGGCCAAGGGCCCUGCCCCAGUUUGGCCGGAGGAGGCCUCUCCGAACCAUCCCAGCCCAGGUGAGGCCUGGCAAGCCUUUGUUUCCCCCCGAGGGUAGCUGCUGAAGCUUCAUUUUCCUUAAUCCAGCUGGACUUGUGAUGAUGCCUUUUGGAGGAAUGGCUGCCAGACUAGAAAGGGACCGUCUGCGAGCAGAGGGUGUGGGCAAUCACCAAAAUGCUGUUAAAUACCUGGGUCAGGAUUACGAAACCCUGAAGCAGGAAUGUUUGGAGAGUGGCAGAUUGUUUGAAGAUCCCCAGUUUCCUGCCAUCCCUUCUGUCCUUGGCUUCAAGGAACUGGGGCCAAAUUCUGGCAAGACCCAAGGAGUGCGCUGGAAGCGCCCAUCAGAAAUUGUGGAUGACCCACAGUUUAUUGUGGGAGGUGCCACAAGGACAGACAUCUGCCAAGGAGCUCUGGGUGAUUGCUGGUUACUGGCUGCCAUUGGCUCCCUGACUCUCAAUGAGGACCUUCUGCACCGAGUUGUGCCUCAUGGCCAGAGCUUCCAGGAGGACUAUGCAGGCAUCUUCCACUUCCAGAUCUGGCAGUUUGGUGAAUGGAUGGAUGUGGUAAUAGAUGACCGCCUGCCCACCAAAGAUGGAGAGCUGGUAUUUGUGCAUUCAGCAGAAUGUCAGGAGUUCUGGAGUGCUCUGCUGGAAAAGGCAUACGCUAAGUUGAAUGGCUCUUAUGAGGCCCUGUCAGGUGGCAGCACCACAGAAGGCUUUGAGGAUUUCACAGGAGGCGUGGCAGAAAUGUAUGAUCUCAAGAAGCCACCCCGUAACAUUGCCAAGAUCAUUUGCAAGGCUCUUGAAAGGGGUUCCCUCCUUGGCUGUUCCAUUGAUAUCACCAGUGCAUUUGAUAUGGAAGCAGUCACUUUCAAGAAACUAGUGAAGGGCCAUGCCUAUUCUGUCACAGGAUUUAAGAAUGUGGACUAUCGUGGCCAACAAGAAUCACUCAUCCGGAUAAGGAAUCCCUGGGGUCAGGUGGAGUGGACUGGAGCUUGGAGUGACAACUCUUCUGAAUGGAAUGAAGUGGACCCUGAUCAGAGGGAAGAAUUGCACCAAAAAAUGGAAGAUGGUGAAUUCUGGAUGUCUUUUCGAGAAUUUUUGCGUCAGUUUUCCAGGCUGGAAAUCUGUAACCUUACCCCAGAUACUCUGGACAAGGAUGGGUUAAGCAGAUGGCACACCACUCUCUUUGAGGGAACCUGGCGCCGUGGCAGCACAGCUGGAGGCUGCAGGAACCAUCCAGCAACAUUCUGGAUUAAUCCACAGUUCAAAAUCAAGCUCCUAGAAGAGGAUGAUGACCCAGAGGAUGAUGAGGUGGCUUGCACUUUCUUAGUUGCCUUGAUGCAAAAAAAUCGUCGAAAAGCUCGCCGAAUUGGAGAAGAUAUGCAUACCAUUGGCUUUGCUGUCUAUGAGGUUCCUGAGGAGGCACAGGGCUGCCAAAAUGUCCACCUGAAAAAGGAUUUCUUUCUGAGAAACCAGUCUCAGGCUCGCUCAGAAACCUUUAUCAACCUGCGGGAGGUGAGCAACCACAUCCGCCUGCCCCCUGGUGAAUACGUCAUUGUGCCCUCCACCUUCGAGCCCAACAAGGAAGCAGACUUUGUCUUGCGUGUCUUCACAGAAAAGCAGUCUGAUACAGAGGAACUUGAUGAGGAGAUCUCUGCAGAUCUUCCAGAUGAGGAAGAAAUCUCUGAGGAUGAUGUAGAUGAGAACUUCAAAAACAUGUUCCGUCAGCUUGCAGGAGAGGACAUGGAAAUCAGUGUCUUUGAACUCAGAACUGUCCUGAACAGAGUCAUUGCAAGGCACAAGGAUCUGAAGACAGAUGGGUUCAGCAUGGAUUCUUGCCGCAACAUGGUCAACCUGAUGGAUAAAGAUGGCAGUGCUCGCCUGGGUCUUGUGGAGUUUCAGAUCUUGUGGAACAAGAUCAGGAGCUGGCUGAAUAUAUUUCGUCAGCAUGAUCUGGAUAAAUCAGGCACCAUGAGCGCCUAUGAGAUGCGUCUGGCUUUGGAAACAGCUGGAUUCAAGCUGGACAACAAGUUGCAUCAAGUGGUGGUGGCCCGAUAUGCUGACGACUCAUUGGGUGUGGAUUUUGAUAACUUUGUCUCCUGUUUAGUGAAGUUGGAGACCAUGUUCAGGUUCUUCCAAAGCAUGGAUCCUGAAGGUACUGGCAGUGCAGUGAUGAACCUUGGUGAGUGGCUGACAUUCACAAUGUGUGGCUAGAGCAGAGGUGGAACUUCAGGCUGCGCUGACCCUCUCGGACUGGGCUACCCAAGUGCCUCCUUCAGGCUGAACCGGAUGGCCCAACUCCCCUCCUUUCUUUCAUCAACCCACUGCUGUGUCUGAGUCUUCCAUCCCCCUUGAUCACCCACACAGUCGAACCCCACAGCACAAGGACUCUUGCUCUCACCAACACCAUUGUCUCUGUAGGGAUCGGUCUCUCUUUUAGGGGCCAGGGGAGAGAGGAGGCAGAUCUUUCCUGCUGUGAGCAUACCUUGUGACAGCUCUUGUUGAAUUGGGGCAACCGAGAAAAGAUCAGGAGCGUGUGCUGAUUUCAGAGUUAGUCUGCCUAUCAGGAGGGGCUCCCUUCAGAGUUGGCAGAAGGACUUUGGUGGGGCAUUGUUGCUUCUCCUAAAAGGUUGGCCUUUUUAUACCACUUGGUCCUGUUACUGAUUCUGCUUUUGCAAGGAAACCUGCUCCUCUCUCCUGGAAUCAUUUCUCUUUGUUUUUGCUUUUCACUGGUAAAUUCAGUGGCAAUGGGCAAAAGGGAGAUGAGCCCUGGAUUCUACUCUUCAGUCUUAAAUAAAAGAAUACACCCACCCAGCGGUGGGGAAGUCUUUUGCAAAGACCACUCAGGAUCCCACUUCCAAGAACUAAUACAACUGUUCUCCCAGCAGAGAGUGUUUCCACUCCUGCAAAAAUACUGAGAUGUAGUGCACUUGGUUUGAAAACUGUAGCCUUUUCCAAGAAGAAGCAUCGCCAGAUCACAGGCGGCUGAGCGAAUGGUCCUGAUCACAAAACCGAAGUGCUAUGCAUCAGGAUAUCUGUGCCCUCUGCACAAAGUAGGCAGAAUUAGUCAUGCAACCUUUAAAUGCAGAGUGAAAACAAAUUAUGAAAAAUCUCAGUUAAGAGAAGAAAUCUAGACUAUAUAGUGCCCUCCCAGUCCAAAUGCUGCUGGAGGGUUCAUUUUCCCUUCACUGUUUAAACUAAAUAAGGCAGGAUAUGAUUAGUAACAAAUUCCUAUCAUGGCAGUGUUCAAAAAUCAAGGUAUAACCAUUGCUUUCAAAAGACACUGGGCAGCUGAAUUGUUCUUUCCUCUAUGACAUUGUUUUUUCUGAAGAGGGGAUUGAGAAGAAAAGCAAGUAAUUGGAAAGACACAGGAGAGCUUCAGUACACAUUCAGAGUCUCAUCUGGCAUCUCUGUUGGUUUGGGCUUCUUGUGUUUUAAUCCCAGCACCUUCCCAGGCAAUUUAAGAACUAUGCAGAAUAACUAAUAUUGCAGCUUUGUUGAAGCCGUUAGCAUGAACUUGGUCAGUCAAGCAAUAUAGAAGCAUUAUAAAUAAAUAGGCUAGCACAACCAAAGGUUAGAGUCCUAUUCACAUACUACAUGCCUUGCCUGAAAUGUUUAUCUUUGGCCUUGGCUAAGUCCUUUUUCCUGCUUUUAUUAUUUCCACUUUGAGUUUCUGAAUGGCAUAACAAGCAAAACUAGGAGGGAAUAUUACUCACCAAUUAUAAUGCUGAAUUGUUACACUGCUGUGGAUGGAGCUCUCCAUCAUGCCCUGCUUUUCUGUCUCUUAGAAUGAGGGCAGAAUUCCCAGCCAACCUUUAUUUGAAAGCCACUGCUCUUGAACUGUAGUCAACUUGUGCAGGAUUUUGUUUUCAUGUCAGGAGCGACUUGAGAAACUGCAAGUUGCUUCUGGUGUGAGAGAAUUGGCUGUCUGCAAGGACGUUGCCCAGGGGACGCCCGGAUGUUUUGAUGUUUUACCAUUCUUGUGGGAGGCUUCUUUCAUGUCCCCACAUGGGGAGCUGGAGCUGACAGAGGGAGCUCAUCCAUGAUCUCCCCGGAUUUGAACCUGCGACCUGUUGGUUUUCAGUCCUGCCAGCUUGGAUUUAUCUUUGAAGCAUGUCCAUCCAACUGUCACAUUUUGGAGUAAUUUAACAGAAACCAUCCAGAAGACUUGUCAAACUUUAAUGCUGCUCUGACAUCAACUGGAAACUGCAUUCCACACAUAAAAUAUGUGUCCUUUCAAAAAG